GCAAUGCGAUACCUAGCCUGGGUCGGCAUCCCCGCUCGCGUGUUCAACGUCGGCACGUAUCGCCGACAAGGCACCCCCCAGCCCAACGCGACGUUCUUCGACCCGCACAACUCGGAAGGCGAGAAGAUGCGCCGCGCCGCGGCCGAGGAGGCCGUGUCGGACAUGCUGCAGUGGUUCCGGGCCGGGAAGGGCGUGGUGGCGAUUCUGGAUGCCACCAACUCCACGAAAGAGCGCCGGCGGUGGAUCAACGAGCGCUGCGCCGAGGCCGACGUCGAGACCCUCUACGUCGAGUCGAUAUGCGACGACGAGGACCUCAUCAUGAACAAUAUCCUCGAGGUCAAGACCACCUCGCCCGACUACAAGGGGCAGGACCCUGAAGAGGCUGCUCUCGACUUCCGGAACCGGAUCCGCAAUUACGAGAAGUCGUACGAGACUAUCGAUGAUAAUGAGAAGCAUUUCACCUAUGUUAAGCUCAUCAAUGUCGGCUCGACUGUCAUCAUUAACCAGAUUAAGGACUAUCUGUCUAGUCGCCUGGUUUACUAUAUCCAGAAUUUGCAUAUUAAGCCGCGCUCUAUCUGGUUGUCUCGGCACGGCGAAUCAGAAUACAAUCUCACCGGGAAAAUCGGCGGCGACUCGAACAUCUCGGAGCGCGGCGAGGCGUACGCGCGGGCCCUGCCGGGGCUGAUGAAGAAAUCCGGGGUGCCCCCCAACACGAAGAUCGUGAUCUGGACCUCAACGCUACGCCGAACCAUCCAGACCGCGCGUCACCUCAAAGCCGAGACGGGAUACGAGAAACUCGAAUGGAAGGCGCUGGACGAGCUCGACUCGGGCAUGUGCGACGGGCUGACCUACGAGGAGAUCGCGCAGAAAUACCCGGAGGACUUCGCGGCACGCGACGAAGACAAGUACAACUACCGGUAUCGCGGCGGCGAGUCCUACCGCGACGUGGUCAUCCGCCUCGAGCCGAUCAUCAUGGAGCUGGAGCGCAGCGAGAACGUCAUCAUCGUCACCCACCAGGCCGUCCUCCGCUGCAUCUACGCCUACUUCCUCAAUACCCCCCAGGAGCAGAGCCCGUGGAUGGAGGUGCCCCUGCACACCCUCAUCAAGCUCACCCCGCGCGCCUACGGCACCGAGGAGCAGCGCUUCAAGGCCGAUAUCCCUGCCGUCUCGACCUGGCGGGCCAAGGGCACCUCCGCCAAACACCAGGAAUAUCCGACCGAGAUUAAGACGUGAGAGUGAGAUUCAUCCAUCCGAUUCCGCGCUGGAUGGGGAUGGAUGCUCGGUUCGUGUACAGCUUCCUGUCCGGUCUGUCUGUCUAUAUUAUAUUAUAGAGUAAUUGUACGUCUUGGUAUAGCUUAACAUAGCCUGCCUUGGCAGCACUAGGUACAUGACAUGACAUGCUGCCUGGGAUGGUUGAUUCAGGGAUAGAUGGGGAUGUGGAUGAUAGUUGGCUUGACUUGACUUGACCUGACUUAGCUUGGCGAGACGUCAUCCGGUUUAGCGAUAGAUUAGAAUACAUACCGGUUCUGAAUAUAUAUGAGUG